GAGUUAAAGGAGAGGGGCUGCACAUUCCCCUGGUUCCUCAGCCACAGCAUGGAGGCAGGGGAGAACCUGGGCUCUGAGUCCCAGCCAGGGGAUAGACACUACAGGGCCAGAAGGACAGUCCAGCACCCAGCCUGAGACAAAGUUUGUUCCAGAUAUGCUGACCCUCUGAGAAGAAAGGCACCAGAAUGAGGGGCUGAAGUGGGUUCUGCCUGCCCUUUGUGCCCCCCAACUGCUUCUGUUUUCUACCCUCUGGGUGCCCCCUUCCCUGCCGGGCUCUCAGUGAAUUUGCUGUGCUAUCCAUGGCAGGAGGAAGAGGUGUCCUAGGCAAAGAGCUGUUGGAGACAAGCCUUGCUUCAAGCAGCUGCAUAUGGUGGACAGGUCCCUGGUCCCAGCGUGCCUGUGGGCCCCUCUCCCAGACCCAGCUGUGGCGUUCUCAGAACAGCAACAUCUUGCCUGAGAGGGGGAGGUGCAAUGAUUGAAUCCCCAUUCCUGGAGCUGUGGUGGCCCAAGACUGUGUCCCUCCGGGAGGGCCUGGGCCUGGGGGACAAACCCAAUGACUCCUACUGCUACAACUCUGCCAAAAAUAGCACCGUGCUCCAGGGGGUCACCUUCGGAGGCAUCCCCACUGUCCUGCUCAUCGAUGUCUGCUGCUUCCUGUUGUUAAUCUUGGCGUUUUCCAUCAUAAGAAGAAGAUUCUGGGAUUAUGGCCGCAUUGCCCAGGUGUCAGAAGCAGACAGUAAGUACAAAUUGCAGAGAUUGUCGUCAUCUUCCUCCUCAGAGCAGCAAGACUUUGAAAAUGAGCUGGGAUGCUGCUCAUGGCUGAUGGCCAUCUUCCGUCUACAUGAUGAUCAGAUCCUGAAGAGAUGUGGGGAGGAUGCCAUCCACUACCUGUCCUUCCAGAAGCACCUCAUCUUCCUGCUGGUGGUGGUCAAUGUUUUGUCCUUGUGCAUCAUUCUGCCAGUGAACCUCUUGGGAGACCUACUGGACAAAGACCCCUACAGUUUUGGAAGGACAACCAUAGCAAAUCUGGAGAAUGAGAAUGACCUCCUCUGGCUGCAUACUGUCCUUGCUGUCAUCUACCUCUCCCUCACAGUGGCCUUCAUGCGGCACCACACCCAGUCCAUCAAGUACACAGAGGAGACCCUGGUGAGACGGACCCUGUUUAUCUCUGGAAUCCCCAAAGGUGCCAAGAAAGAGGCCUUAGAGAGCUACUUCGAGCACGUUUACCCAACUUGUGAGGUGACUGAUGUUCAGCUGUGCUACAAUGUGGCCAAGAUGAUCUACCUGUGUGGGGAGAGAGCAGAGUGCCAUGCUGUGCUGGAGGCUGAUAGCAAAAGUGAUGCGGGACAUCCACAGAUUGUGGACUUCAGUCUGCCCAUUUGCACCUGCUCCAAACUCCGCAGAAAGAAGACUGAGAAGAGCCUGGCCUACUACAUGAACCAUCAGAAGAGGACAGGCGAGCUGACCCUCGUCAACCCUAAGCCUUGUGGCCAGUUUUGCUGCUGUAAAGUGUGUGGCAGUGAGCGGGAGGAUGCCAUCACCUACUAUACACACCUGUACAAUAAACUGCUGGAGGAGAUCAUGGAGGAGGAGUGCCAGGUCCAGGACAAGCCCCUGGGAAUGGCUUUCGUCACCUUCCGAGAAAAGUCUAUGGCCAGCUACAUCCUGAAGGACUUCAGAACCUGCAAAUGUCAGAGCUGUCAGUGUAAAGGCGAAUCCCACUCAUCUGCCUACAGCAGAGAGCUCCACGUCUCCAAGUGGAGGGUCAGCGUGGCUGCCUACCCCCAGGACAUUUGCUGGCAGAACCUCUCCGACCAGGGCCCCCAUUGGUGGUUACGGUGGUUCAGCAUCAACUUCACCCUCUUCGUGGUGCUCUUUUUCCUGACCACACCCUCCAUCAUCCUGUCCACUAUGGAUAAGUUCAAUGUUACCAAGCCCAUCCACGCGCUGAACAACCCAAUCAUCAGCCAGUUCUUCCCAACCCUCCUCCUCUGGUCCUUCGCAGCCCUGCUGCCCACCAUUGUAUACUACUCAACGCUGUUGGAGUAUCACUGGACAAAGUCGGGGGAAAACUGGAACAUGAUGACCAAGGUCUACAUAUUCUUGAUCUUCAUGGUGCUGAUCCUGCCCUCCCUUGGCCUCACCAGCCUGGAUUUUUUCUUUCGGUGGCUCUUUGACAACACUUCCUCGGAGGGCUCUAUAAGGUUGGAGUGUGUCUUCCUGCCAGACCAGGGGGCCUUCUUCGUGAACUAUGUGAUCGCCUCAGCCUUCAUCGGCAAUGGUAUGGAGCUGCUGCGGCUGCCAGGUCUCAUCGUCUACACCUUCCGCAUGGUUAUGGCCAGCACGGCUGCUGAUCGCAGGAACAUCAAGCAGAACCAGGCCUACCAGUUCGAGUUUGGAGCCAGGUACGCUUGGAUGCUGUGCAUCUUCACUGUCGUCAUGGCCUACAGCAUCACCUGCCCCAUUAUCGUGCCGUUCGGCCUCAUCUACAUCCUACUCAAGUACAUGGUGGACCGGCACAACCUCUACUUCGUGUAUCUGCCGGCCAAGCUGGAGAAGAGGCUACACUUCGCUGCCGUGAACCAGGCCUUGGCUGCACCCAUCCUCUGCCUCUUCUGGCUCUUCUUCUUCUCCUUCCUGCGCCUGGGUCUGCAGGCCCCUGCUACCCUGUUCACCCUCCUGGUCGUGCUGCUCACCAUCCUGGCCUGCAUGGCCUACACCUGCUUUGGCUGCUUCCAGCACCUCAUCCCUCUGUACUACAAGACAGAAGAAUCUGCAAUCCAGGAAAGAAGUGAUGCAGAGGCCCAGGAGUCUCCACCAUUUACACCCUAUGUGCCCCGGAUCCUGAGUAGUCUGGCUUCAGAGAGGACAGCCUUGAUAAACCUGCAGCAGCAGCAGACCUAUGGCACCAUCAGUGAUAUCAGUGGGAACCUUCCCAUCCAAGACGUGUCCCAUAUCCCAGAGGAAAGUGUGAUUCCUUCUACCACCGUGGCAAGCCAUAUGUGAAGUCACUGUCUUCAGAGCAGAGCUGAUUGAGUCCCAGAGUGGGACCAGCCUGCCAGUGGACCCAUGCAGGAAGUGAACCCCCUUCCUGGACUCCCACUUCCAGAUCUACCACUUCAACAGUCUCCAGAAUCUGAAGCCAAGAUCAUGUGGUGGGAGUUGUCUCCCAGAUUGACCCUGAAGACGAUGUUCACCAUGGGGAGUAAUAUGACAAGGAAAAGUCUGAGUGUCUGCUCAAAGCAAGGGUGAGCACCAACCUAUUCCUAUUUUCCUAUGGUUUCUGUGGUGCCACCCAUGUUACUCUGCCAUAGGCAGGGUCUGUGAAGACUGUUAAUAAAGUACCUUUGGGAAAGUCCAGG